UCCUCUUCUUUACUUCACCGCUCUCUCCUUCUAGCCCAUCUCGCUGCGAAGAGCCCCAGCAGCCCCCUCGUUCGUCUUCCUCGCCGCCGCCAGUUGACCUCCCCUCCGAUUCUAUCGCUCCCGAAUUGAGAUCAAGGUAGACAGAAAAUCAAAAAUUCUCUUUUUGUUAAAAAUCAAGGCAGGGCAGCCGCUCUUCUUUCCCUACUGGGUCCUCCUCCUCCGCCCGUGGAUCUCGCGAGCUUUGGCGUGAAGGAGGCAGUUCCUGGUUCAAUAUCUGGUGCCCCCAGGGAUGCUCUGUAGUGCACCAACUUUGCGUCUCCGAUAAGGAACUCUUGGUCUUUGGACUUGCCACUUAGUUCUUGACAAAUCUAGUUUCGGCUGCCCGCCCGGAGAGAUGGCAUCGAGCACCAGUGAGGUUCCUGAGGUAAAAAGCAAGCUGAAGAAGUCCGGGAGCUUGGGAAGUAGCGACACGUAUGUGUGCGCGGACAAGAUUGAUCUCACUAGCCUUGAUAUUCAACUAGAGCAGCAGCUCACCAAGAAAUGGGGCAAGGCCAAUCUCAAAUCCCAGGGACCCAAGGCGGACUGGGAGAUUGACCUUGCUAAGCUGGAGAUCCGGUAUGUAAUCGCUCAGGGGACAUAUGGAACAGUGUACCGUGGCACGUACGAUGGCCAGGAUGUUGCAGUGAAGCUAUUGGAUUGGGGAGAGGAUGGUUUUGCCACAGAAGCCGAAACUGCUGCUUUACGAUCAUCAUUUAAGCAGGAAGUUGCUGUCUGGCAUAAGCUCAGCCAUCCAAAUGUUACGAAGUUUGUUGGUGCAUCUAUGGGGACCACUGACCUUAAGAUUCCAGCCAACGACACUGGUGCACGUGCCAACUUGCCGGUUAGAGCAUGUUGUGUUGUGGUAGAAUAUCUCGCUGGAGGCACUUUGAAGCAGUACCUGAUAAAGAACAGACGACGGAAGCUCGCAUACAAAGUUGUGGUUCAGCUUGCAUUGGAUCUGUCCAGAGGAUUAAGCUAUCUACACUCACAAAAGAUUGUACAUCGCGAUGUGAAAACAGAAAACAUGCUACUUGAUACACAGCGAAACCUUAAGAUUGCUGAUUUUGGUGUUGCUCGCGUUGAGGCCCAGAAUCCCAAGGAUAUGACUGGCGCGACAGGCACACUUGGUUACAUGGCCCCAGAGGUUCUUGAUGGUAAACCAUACAACAGGAAAUGUGAUGUUUACAGUUUUGGCAUUUGUCUAUGGGAAAUCUAUUGCUGUGACAUGCCAUACCCGGACCUUAGUUUUGCUGAUGUCUCUUCUGCUGUUGUUCAUCAGAAUUUGCGGCCAGACGUACCCCGUUGUUGUCCAAGUGCAUUUGCAAAUAUUAUGCGUAAAUGCUGGGAUGCAAAUCCUGACAAACGUCCUGAUAUGGAUGAGGUGGUGCAGCUUAUGGAGGCUCUUGACACAAGCAAAGGUGGUGGCAUGAUACCGGAUGGUCAGUCAUCCGGAUGCUUAUGUUUCACCAGGGCUCGUGGCCCGUAAUUCUUUUCACGGUGCUCUCCUCCCUUGUGAUGCUUUGCCCAUCGACAUGACUGGGAGCUCAACAGCAUGCUUCCCAUUGUCACUUGUGCAGUUGCUUGCAGUCCUUUGGCUGCUUUUCCAUCUUUACGUUGUUCUGUGCAGCUUUCAUAUGACCACUGUGGUCGUGUCAUACUUCCUAUAGCAGUUUGAUGUUGUAAUAGUAAUUGUGAAGUGAGUGGAUACUCGCAUAUGUUGUAUUUGUACAACUGAGGUCUCACAUAAUUGUAAAGGUCUUGCAUUCUUGAAACUGCUGCUGCCUUUGUGGGUCUAUUUGGCGGCACAGUUGGAUACGUCUUCUGUCCUUUGCUGUGUAUACUCGAAACGACUGCAAUAAAGGGCAUAAAGAUACUUGUGUGGUUAGCAUGA